UUUUGAGCAACCAACAAAAUCGGGUUCAGGCCUAAAGGAGCUCUGCCCUGAUUGGCCAGAACCUGGACAAACCAGAAUCGAGCUACUCUAGGCCGAAGUCUUCCGCACUCGAAUAGGGCGCGUAGUAUAAGCUCCGCGGAUGCAGCAGGCGAUGGGAAUUAUUUGAAGAUGGAAUUCAGACGCUUCAGGCGGAGCAUUGCCCGGAUAGCACGGCGUACUUUUUGGCGACUGCCCUAUAUUGCUCCACUUGCUGUCCUCAUUUCCUUGACUUUGUUGAUUUAUCUGGGAACGGUAUUGUCGAACACAGUUAAUUAUUCCAACCACAAUUACGCCGCAUCACGAGUUCGCGAUGCUGAAGAGCUGCGCCUGGCUCGUGCCCGGACGCGACUUGCAGAAUGGCGAAUCGAUGGCCGUGUCUUACCUUUUCGUUACCAGUCCACCAAUGAAGGGAACCGCUCGUAUGAUCCACUGAAGCCGCCUCCAGGUGUGACAUUUGCUAUCCUCGCGCCAAACCGCGGUCUUCAUGAAAUUGAUGAUUACGAACCGUCUUACCUUACCGAGUCAUUAGUCAGCUUAAUCUCAGCCAUCCGACAUGAUUUGUCACGGUACGGAAGGCGUUUUUCGUUCGUCAACAUCACAAUCUGCCCGACGACUGAUCAACCCGCCAAGUUCUCUGAACUCAGUUCUGUCGUGUCCCUUCUUUCCGGUGAUGUCAUAAAACGUCGCUUACGCCCAUCGUUAGAUCACUCAUCUCUAAUGUGUCGAACCAUAUUAGACAUGGCCAGUUGCCUAACCCAAUCAGUAACGCUAAAUACCCCGGAUUCCUAUCUCGUCUUACUGGAAGAUGACAUGAUUAUCGAAGAACGGGCUUUAGAUCAGUUUUGGAAAAUAUUUGCCAUGUUCCAGCAACAUCCCUCGGACACAAUUCAUCACACAACAGCGACGUAUAAUCAUAGGCUUCCCGGUCUUGUCCAACUCCACACGCCACAUUCCGAAUUGCACUAUUCCUUGGUGGACUCUGGCAGCCUACUCGAACUCGCAUUCCUCGGCGCUGUCCUUACUGUAGUCCUGUUUAUUGCUUAUUUCCACAAUUGGUGGCGUCCGUUUCUCGUGUUGCACAACUGUGGUCUUGUGUGCUCUCUGUUCUUGACUUCAGUCUUUUUGGUCAAUAUGGUUGGUCGUGCCCAUUGGCUCAUAACCUAUCACAAAUUGCUCAAAUAUCAAUCGAUCACCGUCGCGAAAGACCCGUUGGCCAGUUCAACGGGUGCUGCUAUGUUGGUAUCCACACAGGUAGCCCGAGAUUUGGGAGCGUUUUUGAACACAUUCUCAUGUACAGAGAUUGACCGACGAGAUCGUGUGAACAAAGCUCAAUUGGUUUACCAAUAUUUGUCUUCUCAUAAUUUACCCGUUUGGAGGACACUUCCCAAUCUUUUCAAACAUCGUGGACUUUAUUCUUUUUAUACCAAAGAUGUGAAUCCAUAUGACGUAGAAUGA